UCAGCGACUUUGCCUGCCUGCACCGCCCGACAGUGACAGUCACUAUCGCUCCCCUCGGCCUUUAGAAGCAGUGUCGCCUGUGGCUCUUAUCCAGUCACAAACCCGGGGUAAUGGCGCUACCAUCACAACCUGCUGUGACUACAGAGGAACGGAGCUCUUCCGAAUGGUCGAGUUCCUCGCUGAAGGGUGGCCGAACAGCUCGCUUCGCAGAAGCAACCAUGAUUCAGUCCCCUUCUAGUCCCGGAGACAGCGGAAAGUCUCCUUUUGCCGACCCUCCCAGCGAUUCGCAGACGCCCCCUGACGUGUCUGACCUCGGGUUCGGAUAUGUAGCUGCGAGUGACCCUGCUAAGCAUGCCUCGCAUCACGAUAUCCCAGCCAAUGACCAGAAGGGUGCUCUCAAGGUUCCAGGAACACCAGGCCGGACACUGAAUCCGUUGAGUCCAACGUUUCGAGAGGAAUUUUUCGUGGAAAAGCAAGAAAAGGUUACGGAAAAGGAAAACCAGAGAGACCUGCGUAUCAAGUUGCGUGUUCGGGUAGCCAAGGUGUUCCUUCGUUUCAUCAACCUUGGCUGCAGUAUGAUUGUCCUUACCAUCCUGGGAACGACAUUGACUGUCUUCAACGCAACGAAGUCACUGCCUGAGCGAAACACUUCCCCUCCUUGGGAAUUUGGCACAAAUCCUUGGCCACAAUAUCUGCUUCUAGCCGUUUCAUGUCUUUCCUUGAUUGCCUGCCUUGGUGUCUUCUGGGGCUACUGGAGAGGGGGACGCAGACGUGCACAGAAAUAUGCGGCUUAUUACUCGCUCCUGUCGGUGUUCCUCUUCAUCUUCCAACUAGUCAUGUGGAUUGUUGCCGCCGCAAUCUUUGAACAUUCGAAGGCUACUGGAGACGACAAAGACCUAUGGGGCUGGGCUUGUGUCCAUAACGAGAGAGAACAACUAUUCAAAGACCAAAUCAACUACGCACUCCUCUGUCGUCUGCAGGUAAGUCAGCUAUCUAACCAGUACCUGCUACAUGCUAACGAACAUCUACAGGACUGGGGAUUGGUCUGUGCCGUCAUUGAAAUCGUCCUCGAAGUCUUUGUCCUCGUAAUCUACGGUGUCAUUUUCUACCGCUUCUGGAGCAAGAGAAAGCUGGCCAGGUCGAUGGACCGUCGAGACAGAGCACGAACAGACCUGUACAUCGCUCAGCUCCGCCAGAACAUGGACCCCAACACGCCCGGAUUUCCCACCAUGCCCAAGGCUCCCUUCGUGUCAACCUCGAUUCCUCAAGACCAGUAUUCUGCUGCUGAGAACGGACAGAUGUGCACAACCCAGUUCGCCACUCCCCCGACUGAUUUCAAAAAGCAGUCGGCGUUCCAGCUUCAGCCGCCCCCGAUUAGGGUGCAGCAGGCAUCUCCACAACCAGUGCAGAGCGAAUUCCCACCGCCACCUGCACCGGCACCGGUUCCAAGCGCUCCUAACCAGCACAUGGGUGCAGCACCCGGCGAACGAACCUAUGAGUCUGUGCCAAUUCCCGGUGCUUAUGCCGGCCCUAUGAGUCCCAGCUUUCCGCACGGAACCCACCAGUAAAAUCCCUGACCUUUGCCUUGCUGGCUGGACAUAAGUCUAGAAGAGAAAAUAAGGAAAAGGAUCAUGUCUUUAAAUACUGACACACCAGUCCAGCUUUCAAAGACUUGGCCCUCAAAGAUUGCAUAUAGCUCUCGUACUCUUUGAUGAUGAUUGAUUUGUUUUCGAUAUGACGUGGUCCGUCGCCUGUUUCUGGACUACCUCACGGCCGUUCCCCCCCUAUCUACUGAUUACCCUUCACUUUUCUCUAUAGGUGUCAGCUUUGUUGUUUAAUUGUUUUUAUACCAGUGAUACACUCAACUACGUUGGCUUUUUGUCUAAUCAUUUCCUCUGUUUUCUUAUGCCGUGGCCUAUACAGGCGUAUCAUGGCAUGUAAUUGCGGAAUACAUAUAUUGGUUGGAGGUGUUUAUUAUAGUGUUGU